AUGUCUCACAGCGGUGCCGCGGUGUUCAAGAAGGUGAGCGGGAUGCUCCUGAUCGAUGAGGAGUCGAACCCGGCGAUACUGACAUGGCGGUCGACAGAUGGGGACAAAUCGCACUCUGUGAUGCUAAAUACCAUAAAUAAGCUGCAGGCUACGCCUGCCAGCAGCGACAAGAUGAUGCUACGGCUCGUGGGAAAAGUAAGCACGGCGAAGCGACUGAAGGACGAAGAUGGGGGGGAGGCAGAGCCCAAGCCGGUCGUGCAUAUGUUCACCUUCAAUAACCGGAUAGUGAUGGACAAUAUCAAGGAGACGCUGCAGCACAUCAUCUCGCGGUACAAGGAUGAGGAGGUGUACGAAGAAAAGCGCCGUAAAGAGGGCUCCGACGCGCCCACGCCGCAAGCGGAAGCGCCGCUGAUUAAUACCACAGCCCUGGACGACUCGCUGUCGCGCGAAAAGCUUCUUGUCAACCUGAAGCUGCAGCAGUCGCUGCUGAAGGAGAACCGCACCCUGAUGAAGACCUUCCAGGAGGCGGUUAUCAAAUCUGGACUGCCGCCGCAGGAGUUCUGGGCAACGCGGAUCCCACUGCUUCGCGCUUUUGCUUUGGCCACAUCGCAGAAGACCGGGCCAUAUAAUGUUCUUUCCACCAUCAAGCCAGUGGCAUCAUCGGACAAUAAGGUCAACGUCAGUGUGUCGAGGGAAAAGAUCCUAACCAUAUUUCAGAACUAUCCGAUCGUCAAGAAAGCUUAUGAUGAUAAUGUCCCGAAGAACUUUAAAGAGCAAGAGUUCUGGGCGCGGUUUUUCUCUUCGAAGCUGUUCCGCAAGCUGCGGGGUGAAAGAAUUAUGCAAAACGACAGAGGUGAUAUGAUCAUUGACAGAUACCUUACUCUUGAUCAAGAGUUUGAUCGUUUGGACGAUGAGAUGCUCCUGCAUCCGAUCAAAAAGUUACUUGACCUGGAAGGCAAUCAGAACGACGAUCCCGAAAAGCGUGGAAACAGGCCUCACUUCACGAUGCUGCCGGGUACCGAUCCCAACGGUAAUAAUGAUGGCUCGGUAGAUAUACUGAAAGGCAUGAAUAGGUUAAGCGAAAAAAUGAUAAAGUCACUAGAGAAUGAAUAUUCCAGGGUUAAUCUACAAAUGCAAGAUCUUGAUAAAGAAGAGCGCGAAGAAAUAUUAUUCAGCGACCUGGAAGAGGAGGGGAAAACAGAGUAUGAAGAAAUAUACCUGAGACAGAGAAGCCCGACGAGCGAGACCGAUACAAACCCAGCUAUGACUUCCACCAGUACUGCGGAAGAUAUCAAAAAUGAGAUUAACUCUAUCACGGGUGAUCUCCAAGGCACACUUGACUUGACAGCUGUAGGGAAAAUAAAUAGUCAGACUGCCCAAAGAAUCAACCGUCAAGUCAUGAAGGCUGUCAAAGUGAAUGCAAAGCAGGCAAAACAUUUACGUUUUGAUUCUACUAUGGGCGCUUUCUUGAGCAGCCAAACGACAGAUAGUCAGGAGGCAAAUUCUAAUCUGCCCCCUGACAUAUUAGAGAGUGCGAGAGUGCUGCAUGGAACAUGCUGUGAGUUUUUGAAACAUUUCUACAACCAUUUCCAGAGCGGUGAGCCAAAAAGCGGAGUUAUAGUCAAAAAACUAUAUGGCCAUCUGAAAGAAUGUACGCAUAAAGUUGAAAAUCUAUUAACGACCGCUUCUCAGUCGGAUAGCGAGCAGGACGUCGCUGCCUUAUGUAGUGCAUAUCUCAACCCGGCUUUACUCUCCAUUAACCUGGCGAUAGAAAAGUAUGACGCUGCCGUUGAAGAGAUCGAAUCAUACAAUAAGGCGGAGGACGUAUAG